AUUUAAUGUAUAGAAUAGAAUGAGGUUAUUUAAAAAAUAUUAUAGGUUAUAUUCCGUGGAACAAGCGAGUUUCAGAAAAUCAUAUCAUAACAGAAAAUAACAAUUAUGCCAACAGCAAUAUGUCUUUAUUGGCAGUAAGUGAUGGAAUCAUAGCAGUUUCAAAGGCGCAGUAUAUCGAAUUAUACAAUGAUUCAAAACAUGCGUUUCUUGAGUUUAAAUCAGAUUCAAAACCACAGGAAGAAGAUUUUGUAGUGGAUAUUAAUAUCUCGCUGGAUAAAAAAUUAUUAGGCGUGUUAUUUUCUAAAAAGAUAAUAAUAUACGAUUUGCCUAACCUAAACCAAGUUGAAACCUUUAUAUUACCACGAAGUACAAGUAAAAUUAGAUUCGACAUUUCCAGCAAAAAAAUAUUAGUAGCAGACAAAACAGGCGAUGUUUUAUUAUUUGAAAUACUUAAAGAAGACAAAGGAACUAAAAUUCUUGGACAUUUGAGUCUUUUAUUAAAUAUUUUGCAAACUAAUGAUGGCAAAUAUAUCAUAACAUCUGACAGAGAUGAAAAGAUUAGAGUGUCUUGCUUCCCUAAUGCAUAUAAUAUUCAAACAUUCUGUUUGGGACAUAAGGAAUUUGUCAUGCACAUAGAACUCUUGCCUCAUGCCACUGAAUAUUUAACAAGUGCCUCAGGUGAUGGAAACAUCAAAAUUUGGGAUUAUACCAAUGGAAAACUUCAUCAUACUAUAGAUACUUACAUGGACAUUAAAAACAACAAUGACUUAAAACACAAGUUUAGUCAAUUAAUGGAUGAAGAAGGAAUUGUAAUUAAUAGUUUACCUAUUGUGGAUUACACAAUUACACAGUUAAAUAAAUUUUCCAGCCUCAUUGCUCUUACAGUUCAUUCUUACAUGAAGAUACUGGUUUACAAUUUAAAGUCCGUCAAUAAGGAAUUCACUCAUAACCUUAUCUUGGAGCUUCCAUUUAAAUAUUUCCCUGUUUCUAUCAAAUUCCACAAUUUAUCCUUAUUUGUUUAUGAUGGUAUUAAUUCUAAAAUCUUUGAAUAUAAGGUCACUACUGAAAGUGAAAACAUUUUUAUUAACUUAAUUAGAGAGCUUCAAGUAUUUGAAAAUCAAGAAAUAGAAUCUGAUAUAAUUUAUGAGCAUAAUCCUAUUAAACUGUUAUUUAAGAGAAAAUUUGACAAUGUACAAGAAUACAAAGAAAGAAAAAAGAUGAGAUUAGAAAAACCAGUAAGUUAAGUAUAUAUGAAAAAUAAAAUAUUUUACAAGAUUA